UUCACACAAUCAGUUUGUUUUGAAAUUUUGCCGCGUUGCGUUCGCCCUCAAAGCGUUCUCUCCACACUACCAACAAAAUAUUCGACUCAUCAAAUCGUCUCAAUAGAAAAAAAUCAUCAUUAAAUGUGGAAUUAAAAAAAACUUAUAAUGUAUAACAUAAUAAAUUAAACCAUUUUAAACGCCGUUCCUGGACUUACAAAAUUGUUAUAAAUAUACUAUACUAGUACAAAAUGAUUGCUAUUCAACAUCUGUCAACUGCAAUUCUAACAUAACUGAAGUAAAAACAAGUAAUAAAAAAAACACAAAAAAAGUUUAAAAAAAAAUUGUUCAAAUAAUAAAAACACACCUGCAGUUGCAGCGCGAUUGCGAUAUGCGGGCUUAGGUUAAAGUUGCUAUAAAAAACAAGGAAAAUUAUUAAUGCAGCUGGAGCUUUUUAAUAAGAUUAAAAUGUGAAAUAUUGGAUUUGUAUCACAUGGAUGUAUAAUUUAACAAAUCAUUGAAAAUUAUAAAAUAACGCAAUUACUUUGCACUCAACAACAGCGACUUCUGCGAGUCGUUGCUGUCGUGGAGGGAGCCGCACAGCUUUAGAAUGAAAUGGAGAUGCAAAGCUACUCUGGUCAUGGACCAACGACAGCAGCAACAACAACAGCAACACAACCAACAGCAACAGCAAAUGCAUCAGACACAACAGCAACAUUCUUCCAGCGACACUUCAAUUGUCGACUGGAAGAGACGGCUUGGCCUGAGGUCUGGCGGCCGUUUAUUAACUGCGAAAGCAGCAACACCAGCAGCAACAGCAACCACAUCCUGCCCACCAGCAACAUCCUCAUCAACGGCAGCAACAACACAUUCCAGUGUGCUCGGCAAACAUUCGAUGAAGCGGAGCAGACGGCAUCCUAUAGAUGCGAUGGGGAGAGUCCAUUGUCUGAAAGCUGCACGUUGAGGCUGAAGGCGCGACUGUUGCAAGUGCCACACGAGGCGUACGAGCAAUUUCGACUGGCAAUCAACGAGGCCCUCAGUGAUAAUGCGAGUGAUACACUCAGUGAUAGUUCGAGCUGCGAGAACGGAGAGGAUGUAUUGCAAUGUGAGCUGGGGCACCCUCAGGAACCAUUCCUCUGUCAUUUGCAGCAGCACCAGAGGAAGCCAUUUCGGCAGCUCGAGGGUGCGGAGGAGCACCCUUCAAACGAUAGCCUACUGGAGGCGUAUCAAAUCGAGCUGACCGACGGCCUUUGGUCCUUCCUUAACCUAAGCGAGCUAAUGGACCCCGGCAACGAAACCUUUGGCAUUUUGAAUGGCACCAGCACCAGUUUGGACAUGGUUCUGUCCAACUACACAGCACUGACCACAACGACAGUUGCCUCCACCGCAGCCACAUCAGCCGAUAUUGGGGUUACCAGGAGCUUUCUGGACUACAGUCCGCACGGCUACGAUUGGCUAUUCCUGUUCGUGGUCUUCUUCAUAUUUGCAGGAGGCUUGGGCAACAUCCUCGUCUGCCUGGCGGUUGCAUUGGAUCGGAAGCUGCAGAAUGUCACCAACUACUUCCUGUUUUCACUGGCAAUAGCCGAUUUGCUGGUUAGUCUGUUCGUGAUGCCCAUGGGAGCCAUACCAGCUUUUUUAGGUUAUUGGCCUCUUGGCUUUACCUGGUGCAACAUUUAUGUGACCUGCGACGUGCUGGCCUGCUCGUCGAGCAUCCUGCACAUGUGCUUCAUAAGUUUGGGACGCUAUCUGGGCAUAAGGAAUCCAUUGGGAUCGAGGCAUCGAUCUACAAAACGAUUGGCUGGUAUUAAGAUUGCUAUUGUCUGGGUGAUGGCCAUGAUGGUAUCCAGCUCGAUAACAGUGCUGGGUCUGGUCAACGAGAAAAACAUUAUGCCCGAGCCCAAUGUCUGUGUAAUCAACAACCGAGCUUUCUUUGUUUUUGGGUCUCUGGUGGCUUUCUACAUCCCCAUGCUAAUGAUGGUCACCACAUACGCUCUGACCAUUCCCCUCCUCCGGAAGAAGGCCCGUUUUGCCGCCGAGCAUCCGGAAAGUGAACUGUUUCGCAGGCUGGGUGGACGAUUCACCAUUAGGUCGCAGCACAGCCAGCAACAGUUGCAGAUGCACAGCAGCUUUUCCAGUGGCAAUAACAAAUUCCUGUCAAUGGGCGACGGCAAUCGCAACUUUAAUCACGCGGGGGGAGGAAUGGAAGAGGGAGCGGUUCUAGGGGGGGGUGCUACCAGGGGAAACAGCGUAGAGCCCGCCGAACGUCCUUUGAUGCAGCAGCGAACGACGAGUUGCAGGAGCAUCGGCACGGUCAGUUUCCGCAAUGUGGCCAAUGGCAGUGGGGGAGUCGGAGGAAGUGGGUCCAGGGGUGCCACCACCGCCCGCAGCAGCUUCCGGUUCUCUGGCGGCGGCAUCUUGCGGCACUCGUCGUCACCCGCCUCGAGCUGCCACUCCACCAACAAGUCGCACUCGAGCAGCUUCUGGCGCAAACACGGCGGCAAUCCCAACCUAAUGGACAGCCAUCCAAAUCGACGGGCCUCUGUGCGUGUCAGCAUCUCCCAGCCACAAUUGGGUUACCCGCCUAAUGGAAGUGGCAAUGGAAGUGGAGCUGGAGGUGGAGGGAGUGGGGCUGGUGGAGGGACGGAAGGAGGAGGCGGUGGCAAUGGCUCAUCAACUGCGACAACGAGCUGCACAACUCCUGGAGGCACCAGCAUGAUGAAAAUCGCCACCAUCCAGGGCCCGACUCUGAGUCUCGGCCAGAGUCAGGGAGCUGGAGGCAAUCAUCUGGUGGAGCAGGGAAGGCCCCCGGCUUCAAACCCUGACGAACGACAGCGCCACAAAAUGCGGCCCUUUAAGUUUGCAUUAAACCGCGUUGCCACGCCCACCCUAAAUUUACGAUUCCUAAACAAUCGCAGCAAGCGGAACAGCUUGUCGGCCAAUGCGGUUGCCACAGAGCAGAAGGCCACCAAGGUGCUCGGACUGGUGUUCUUCACCUUCGUCCUGUGCUGGUCGCCGUUCUUCAUCCUGAACAUCAUAUUUGCCGCAUGUCCCGAGUGCCAGGUGCCCGAGCACGUGGUGAACACUUGUCUCUGGCUAGGCUACGUCUCCUCGACGAUCAAUCCAAUCAUCUACACCAUUUUCAAUCGCACGUUCCGGGCGGCCUUCAUCCGCCUGCUCAAGUGCAACUGCGAACGUUCCGGCCGCCCGCUGCGCUUCCGUUCCGUUACCGAAGGACGAAGCGCCCUGAGCCUGUGCGCCCCCUCGGCCCUCCCGCUGGCCAUUUCCUUUCAGGGGGCGCCGCUCAUGACGCCAUCCACCGCAAACGCGACGCCAUUGAGCGAGUUUAGAGGAAGCUACACGAUCACCGAUGACGAGUGCUGAGCCACCAUUGGUUACAUGCUAAAUAGAUACGAAUUUAAACCGACGAAACAGCCAAACACAAACGGUCAACUAAUAUUACAAGCUGUUAAUCAAAGGAAACACUUACUUCAGGGAGAUUCAUGCAAAACUUUCCAAAAAAUAAUAACAAUCAAAUUGACGACUUUUGUAGGACCUAUAAAGCAAAAUACUUAACUUAAAACACAUCACAUAUCAUUGUACCAUAUGUAAAAGGAAGAAAAAAUAGGGAGAGGUUAAGUGAGAGUUAGUGAGUGCAAUAUUGACUGUGUUUCAUUUCCAUGCCAACAUUCUAGCUUUAAUCAUCGCUCUAUUCCUAAGUCAAAAACAAAGAACAUUUGUUGAAAAACAAUAGAAAACUAAAUGUAGUACUAGGUUUAACUUAUUAUAAAUCAUUGAAAUUAAAUAUGGCAAAUUCGUUUGGUAGUCAUUAGAAAGCGAUGAAUUUGUUUAGAAAGGAAUUGGAUUUCUAACCCACCCUUAAGGUAUAUUUAAAUUGCCCACACAGCAUUGCUGUUCCUUUAGUUCAUCCUGUGUGUAUGUGUCUUUCCGUAGUAAGUAAGCUAACCGUUCAAGAACAUGAAUUUCAAAACUUGAUAAAUAAAUAUGAACCGCAAUACGUA